AUGGCAGAAAGCGACGAUACUGAUAGCGAGCCACCGCGACCGUAUUCGUUUGAGCGUCCGAGCCACCUCCAGUCUAUUCCCUGCCAAAGUGCUCUUCAAACCACGGAUAGCCAAUUGCAGCGUCAAGUCUCUGACAAGCUCUCCUCGCCUACUGUCAAUAUCCCGCAUCACGAUCCAACACCGAUUCAGCAAACUACUUACAAACCCAUCGAUGUGCCGGCUGGCUCUUCGUCUCUUCCCCAAACCAUUCUUCAAUCUCUUUCCUCUUCGCCGCACUCGCCGGACCGCCCUUAUUCCGUUGUGGAAGUUGUAGCCGUGCAUGACACUAUUAUUGAGGAAGACGAUGAGACCGAUUACGACACGCCCAACGAACCAGUUACACCUAACGAAUCCCAACAAAGCAAGCUGCCUCACUCGAACCAGGACUACCGGAAUCACGCUCAACGGCACCCACGCCACCGGCGGACGUUGAGCAACACGUCUGACGGUGCCGAUUUGUCCACUUCACCAAACGCCAACGGCAGCCUCUUUUCCAACGUCAAAAGCAACACGCCUGUGUCGACGCCGGCAAGACACGCCCCACCACCUCUCACCACGACCGGCCUAGACCAGCAAAUUGAGCUUUCUCGCACUGCUGGCCUGCUCCCGGAGUCUCCCACUUCAGCCCGUCCGUCAACUGCCGUUAACGGCUCGUUUUUGAUCGGGCCUCCCACUUCUGUCCCCAACACUCAGUCUAGCAGCACAACUGCUGGGCACACCUCUCCCAGUACCGACACCGCCCAGGGUGCUCCACUAACCCGUCGCCAAUCUCGGACAUCGACAAGUAGCUUCAAACGCACAAUGUCGAGUUUCUUCCGCCGCAGCACGUCCGAGAAGGCGGACAAGGCGGACAAGAUUGACAAGCCCGAAAAGACGUCGUCUGUCGGCUCACCCGAGCUCAACAACGUGACUUCAGAGUCUAGCCUUAUCGAAAUGGCCAUCAACGGCACCCCUCGAAAGGUCCCCGCGCGCCGCUGGUCUAUGCACCGGUCACUCGCCAAUACGCCUCCUUCGCCCAACUCGCCUCCUCUGGAAAUGGUUGCCGGUGCCAGACACGGCGUAUCAACGGACAGCACCACGGCGACAACCGCCGUCGACCCCGGAAAUGAGCCGCGUACUAGCCAAAACGACAGCCGCAUGCCCACGCAGGACGACUUUUUGCAAAACGAUAGCAAGAAGCACCGCCAGCGUGCGUCGACCACUGGCAUCAACUUCCAGAGUGCCAUCCACAUCGUGACGGGCGGCAACGCCCCCCUCGGCAGCCGCAAGAACAAGCCCAAGACAAAGGCUCGCACCGAGUACCGGCGCCGGGCUAGCAGCUUCGACCACGGCACCGAGAAGCGGGUUAUUGGAAACGCUAGUCAGCCCUGGGCCAUGCCCGCUGAAGCCGGUACUGGUCUUAAGGCUCGCCGUAUGAGUUUGAGCCUGCCGGAUGACUUCACCGUGGAUGUUGUUGACCUGCACAGUGAGUUCGACUACCAGCACAUGCUGGGCCGCCACCGCCGCCAUAUUGGCAAGGGCGCCACGUCCAAGGUUACCCUCAUGUUCCGCAAGGGCUUCCCCGACGAGCUCUAUGCCGUCAAGGAGUUUCGUGGCAAGUCGUCCAGCGAGACCCCCGAGGAGUACGAGAAGAAGGUCAAGAGCGAGUAUAGCAUCGCCAAGAGCCUGCACCACCCCAACAUCGUCGAGACUAUUCGUCUGUGCACAGACCACGGCCGCUGGAACCACGUCAUGGAGUACUGCCAGGAGGGCGACCUGUACAGCCUGGUUGAGAAGAAGUACCUCACCACGCCUGAGCGCGAGAAGGACCGUGUCUGCCUGUUCAAGCAGCUCAUCCAGGGCCUCAACUACCUGCACCAGCACGGCGUUGCCCACCGCGACAUCAAGCUGGAGAACCUGCUCAUCACCAACAACAGCAAGCUUAAGAUCACCGACUUUGGUGCGUCCGACAUAUUUUCGGGCAUGCACCCUGGUCUGCGCGAGGCCGGUGGCCGCUGUGGCCGCAACACCGACAAGACGGUCCGCCUUUGCAAGCCCGGCAUCUGCGGCAGUCUGCCGUACAUCUCGCCUGAGGUCCUGGAAGGCACGGUCCCCUACGACCCCCGCAAGCUCGACGUGUGGGCAGCUGCUAUCGUCAUGCUGAACCUCAUUUUCGGCGGUCCGCUUUGGACCGAGGCCCGCUUGGUGCCCGGGCAGGCCAAUCCGCAGUACCAGUCUCUGCUGCGCGGCUGGGAGAAGUACAACCGGAACCACCUGCCCGGUCGCCUCGCUGCGGAGAAGGAGCAUGCAGACAAGGUUGCUGCCGAGCAGUCUGCAACUGCAACUGGCGCUCCUGCCAGCCCUGCCUCGACCCCUGCUGAUGGUGGCGCCGACCUGACGGAGACCGUAUCGCAGCUGUCGAUCCAGCAGGUGGCUUCCGCUGCUGCCGCAGCGCAUGCGGCCCAGAAUGGUGCUGCCCCUGUCCCCACUGCAUUGACGAGCUCCCGUCCUACUGUGGAUGGUACGCCAAUCACGGACGGCAACCCCAACAGCCUGGUUGAGGGCAGCUACCCUGCCGUGUCGGCGCUCGACAUUUGUGUGAAUCCCCCGCUUUUGCGUCGUGUUCUUAUUCAGAUGCUGAAUCCAGACCCGAGCCGGCGUCCCACUAUCGAGCAGAUUGCCAACCUGCGUUGGAUCCGCGCCAUCGAGUGCUGCCAGCCGGAGUCUUACGAGGACCCCAUGGCGCCUGCGGUAACGACGGGCAACGUGCGCGGCGGCAUCGAUGCCUCGAAGCGCAGCACGACAAACAUUGGCGGCCAGAAGGUUUUCUGCCAUAACCACCUGCCACCUAAGACCCACAGCCACGCAAUUGUCCGCGUCCCCUAG